ACACACAACUUGAGUUGGCUUCUGUAAUUCAGUAUUCAUUCGGUAUCUUGUAUCUGCGGGUUGUGUUUAGUUCCGUGUUUUCGAAAACGUUUUCCUUUGAAUUUGCUUAUUUUAUGCUAUGCAAUAAUUUUGCUUCUCCUAAGCUACUCGAAUCUAUAUCGAACUGAUAAAAAUAGCACAAGUACGUCUCCAAUAUCUUUGUAUCUGUCUUUGUGUCUUUGCUAUGCAGCACUAAUAUCUUCAACAUCAACAUCAACAUCAUCAUAAUCAUUAUCUUGUUCAUCAUUUGCAGCAUCAUUAUCGUAAACAGACACAACAAAAAAAUUCGUAGCAACAUUGAACCAAAAGCAUAUGACUUGAUUCUUUAUAUUCUGAACCAUUCAACAGGCAACGUCCAAGCAGUGUUUCACUGAGAAUAAAUACAAUUUUAAAGAUAAACAACGAUUUAUACAGCACACACAGAUACACUCGUACACAAAGAUACUAUACACCCCAUAAUUUCGUACGGCACACAUCACCAUCUCUGAAUAUACGGCGUCGUUGCAAUUGUCGAGAAUCAGACUUUUGAAAUUGAUUUUUAUCCAUUCAUACUCUGCGCUUCUGUUACCUUUAGUUCGGUGCUAGUACGGCUUCUCCUCCUGCUAUUCUCGCGCACUCCGCAUGCUACACAGAUAUUCUCUGAGACAAAUCGCUUUGGCCAUAGAUUCUAUUCUACUUUAGAUCUCGUAUUUUUGGCUACAGCUUCUUGGCGUGAUUUCAUUUUAAUUUAAUUUUAGUCCAAGGUUUAAAGCGUUAGCUUCUUCAUAUGUUCGAUCGCUUGUUAAAUGUGAAAAAUUUUCCUCAGUUUUUUUCGGUUGUAUCUUCAACUUUGAUCUUUUUUAACGGAACGCGCGUACCAAAAUAAGAUUACUGUAGAACAAGAAAAAUUGUAUUAUUAACAAAGUGGCUGAUUUAAGUGAUCCUUAUAACAGUGCCAUCAGCACUAACUCCCCACUAAGUUUUAAAACUUCACAUAAAAAAGAAAUGAAGAUGGAGAAAACUCCCCGUUAUACGCAACGGGAGCGCAAUAUGGUAUUAGGAUUCGCUGCACAGUACAAGGAUGUUAUUGAGAAUAAACGUACCGAUGCUGAGUCGAAUCGUAAAAAAGAUGAAGUGUGGCGUCAAAUUGCUAAAGAGUUUAAUGCACGAGUUUAUCACCAGCGUUCCUCAAAGCAGUUGCGUCAAUUAUAUAAGAAUAUGAAAUUGCUUUUGAAGAAGGAUUUAUGUGGUGAGGGUAAAGGUAAUCGCUCAUUUAUGGAUCUAUUAAAUACAUUGUCACAACAAGAGUCUGUCGCACAAUAUAUAUCAGAACAAAUGUCUCCCGAGGGUUUCAACAGCCGACCGCAAAAAUUUGACGACGAUUUUGAUGACACAAAGUUUCCAGGUAACUUGGGAGGCAUGGACACUGAUGUGAUUGUUAUAAAAUCUGAAGAUAUAAGCGACAAUGAGCAAUCACAAAGCGGCCUAAAUCAUGAUAUGGAUGAUGAUGAUGAUGACUGUCUUAGUACAAAGGAUAUACCAGAAGUGUGCUUAGAAGAAGAAGACGAUGAAAUAUUUGCAACAGACUUAAGACAAACAUUACAACAGCAUAACAUACGUCGCGAAUCACAGUCCAAUGCACAAUCUCAAAAUAAUCAACAACAGAAACCCGAAGUGACAAUACAAAAUGUUGGUGGUAUACGUGUUGGCAGCAUUGGUAGUAUGGCCAAUAUGAAGGCGUUGGAAAAUGGCAGCAAUUCAUUAAGCAUUACCCGCACAAACAGUAGUAGUAACACUAACAAUAAUAACAGUGUAAACACACAGACCAGCAGUGAACAAGCGGCGCAACGUUUGCUACUCAAUGGAUUAGGCCUCAGUGCCGUACAAAGUCCGCCACAAAUGCCAACUUUACAACGUAACCAUAACUUAACCAAUGGCAACAGUAAUUUAUUGCUUGGAUUAAGUAAUAACAAUAAUUAUAUUGGAACGACAUCCAAAAAUACACUAUUAAAUAACGGCAAUAGCAGUAGUAUAUUAAACAAUAACUCCUAUAAUAGCAGCACUAAUAAUAAUCAUAACAGUAAUAGCAAUAAUAAUCAUAACAACAAUCGUAAUAAUGAUUAUCUCAUGUCUUUAGCGAUUGAGGAACGCAAACGUAAAAUCGAUUUAUUGAAUGCACAAAUUGAUUAUUGGAAAACUUUGACCAAAAAAUUAGAUUCUAAUACUGGACACACUCCAAAUCCUUCAUGCAUUUGUCAUUUCCCCGGUAAUGUCAAUGGUAUGCAAAGUAGUAGUAGCUAGUCCGAUAUGGACCGGGAGAUUGAUGAUGAUGAUAUGACUGUUGAUAUUGUUUUGGAUGAUUAUAAUGCAGAUGUUAAUGAUGACAAUGAACAAUUAUUUGUGGACCGACAAAAUUAUACAGAAGAAAGCAUGCAAGAGGAAGAAGAGGAGGAAGAGAUCAAUGCAAGAAAUUCAAAAGCUGUUUUUAAAAUAGCCAACUUAGAAGCUUACAAAAGUAAAAUAUCUACACUUAAUCAAAAAAACUGUGUAGUUAUAAAAUUG